CGCGCUCGGCUCCCGGCUCCCGCGUGCCCGCACGUACGUAGCCUUCACGUGUGUGCCGCUAUCGAGUGCAUGUGUGCAGAUGUAGGAAUAUGCUGAAGCCAAUUCGGAGUCGGGCGCCGAGGACAGGACGGAGGGAAGUCACAGGAGUGAACAGGUCAUGGCACGUCUAACAAAACGGCGACAGGCGGACACAAAAGCCAUCCAGCACCUCUGGGCGGCCAUCGAGAUCAUACGGAACCAGAAGCAAAUCGCCAACAUCGACCGCAUUACAAAGUACAUGUCUCGAGUCCACGGUAUGCACCCAAAAGAGACCACGCGUCAGCUGAGCCUGGCUGUGAAAGACGGUCUCGUUGUCGAAACCUUAACAGUAGGCUGCAAAGGCUCAAAAGCUGGUAUUGAGCAGGAGGGAUACUGGUUGCCGGGAGACGAGAUCGACUGGGAAACAGAAAAUCAUGACUGGUAUUGUUUUGAAUGCCAUUUGCCUGGAGAGGUGUUGAUAUGUGACCUGUGUUUUCGUGUGUAUCAUUCCAAGUGUUUGUCUGAUGAGUACAGGCUUAGAGACAGCAGUAGUCACUGGCAGUGCCCAGUAUGCAGGAGCAUCAAGAAGAAAAACACAAACAAACAGGAGAUGAGCACGUACUUGCGGUUCAUUGUCUCCCGCAUGAAGGAGCGGGCCAUAGACCUUAAUAAGAAGGGCAAGGACAACAAGCACCCGAUGUACCGGAGGCUGGUGCACUCGGCGGUGGACGUCCCCACCAUCCAGGAGAAGGUGAACGAGGGGAAGUACCGAAGCUACGAAGAGUUCAAGGCGGAUGCGCAGCUGCUUCUGCACAACACCGUGAUUUUCUACGGAGCAGACAGCGAGCAAGCGGACAUAGCCCGGAUGCUGUACAAGGACACCUGCCACGAGCUGGACGAGCUGCAGCUUUGCAAGAACUGCUUCUACCUCUCCAACGCGCGCCCCGACAACUGGUUCUGCUACCCCUGCAUACCUAACCAUGAACUCGUUUGGGCCAAGAUGAAGGGCUUUGGGUUCUGGCCCGCCAAAGUCCUGCAGAAGGAGGACAACCAGGUGGACGUCCGCUUCUUCGGUCACCAUCACCAACGGGCCUGGAUCCCGUCAGAGAACAUCCAGGACAUCACCGUGAACGUCCACCGGCUGCACGUGAAGCGCAGCAUGGGCUGGAAGAGGGCCUGUGACGAGCUGGAACUGCACCAGCGCUUCCUCCGCGAGGGAAGGUUCUGGAAGUCCAAGAACGAGGACCGGGGGGAGGAGGAGGCGGAGUCCAGCAUCUCGUCCACCAGUAACGAGCAGCUGAAGGUCACACAAGAACCGAGAGCAAAGAAGGGACGACGCAAUCAAAGCGUGGAACCCAAGAAGGAAGAGCCAGAGCCGGAGACGGAAGCCGUGAGUUCCAGCCAGGAGAUCCCCACGAUGCCUCAGCCGAUCGAAAAGGUGUCUGUGUCCACUCAGACCAAGAAGUUAAGUGCCUCCUCCCCACGUAUGCUGCACCGAAGCACGCAGACCAGCGGCGACGGGCUGUGCCAGAGCGUGUGCCACGACAAGUACACCAAGAUCUUCAACGACUUCAAGGAUCGCAUGAAGUCCGACCACAAGCGGGAGACCGAGAGGGUCGUGCGGGAAGCUCUGGAGAAGCUGCGCUCCGAAAUGGAGGAAGAGAAGCGACAGGCGGUCAGUAAAGCGGUGGCCAGUGUGCAGGGCGAGAUGGACAGGAAAUGUAAGCAGGUGAAGGAGAAGUGUAAGGAGGAGUUUGUGGAGGAGAUCAAGAAGUUGGCAGCGCAGCACAAACAGCUCAUUUCGCAGACCAAGAAGAAGCAGUGGUGCUACAACUGUGAGGAGGAGGCCAUGUACCACUGCUGCUGGAACACGUCCUACUGCUCCAUCAAGUGCCAGCAGGAGCACUGGCACGCGGAGCACAAACGCACCUGCCGUCGGAAGAGAUGAAGGCGGGCGUCCCGGGCCGGCGGGUCUCCGCAGACACAGCGGUUUUUGUUUCCAAGAAGCCAAAAUUGUUUAGAAUUUGCUUCCCAUUUUGCACCAGCCUUUAAACACUUUUCGUGAAAAAAUUUUGCACAGUAGUUUAAAUCUUUUGUUAAUGCUCCUCCGGAGUUUUUCAGGGGGUCAAAGUAACAUCAGUGGAGGGUAUUAUUUUAAAUAAAUUUUAAUUGAGAAUUUGUUGCAUUUUCAGCAAAUUUUAAAACAUUUUUAGGUUUUACAGAGAUUUUAACCUUUAAACAACAGAUCUUUAAAAAACAACAGGUGAAUACAAGCGAGUUUAACAGAGACACAUUUAAAAUAGAUCUGAAUGUAAGAACUACAGAACUGUUUCAGAAUAAAACAUACUACCUUGAUGUGAAAUUUAUUUCUUAACCUUGUUGAGCUGGUUUUGUUCAGCUUAAUUUACUGUUUAAAGGCAUUAUCUGUUGGUUAUGCCAGUGGGUAUAUGAUUGAAUUUAGGGAACAGGGUUGACACGGCAGGUGCUAGUCCUGCGUAUUUUUUCUUAAAUAUUUCCCAAUUGUGUUUUUCAUUAUUUCUUUUCAAUAUAUAACUUUUAUAACAAAUUAUUAGCUUUGAUCUUGUAGUUUAAAAUUGCAGGGAACUGGGGUAAUCUUUUACUGAGCUGGAUCUUAGAGAAAAUGAAUAUUUAAAUUUUAAAGUUUGCACAUUUCAUCUUUGUCCUAACAUGAGUGCUUGUAACAAGAUAAACAAAAAAUAAAAAGCCAAAAACUACCUUUCUCCACCCAUGGAAUUACAGAUGAGGCAUACAAAUUUCUUUAAUGCUUCCCUUCCCUCCCCAGGUAUCGUCUGAUUGCCUGUUAUCUGGUGUCACCGCGUACAUUGUAAAUUAAUACUGAAGGGAAAGAAAGCACUUACGUUUCACAGAGGCCGUUAUGUUUGUAGUAAUGGGUCACUGCCCACUAAUGAACUCCAUCACUGUACACAGAAUGAAGAAUAAUGCAUGUUAAUUUUCUUGUAUUAAAGAUGCCGUGAUUUGUAAAAAGUCUGUAUUUUGCGGAAUGUCUGGAUUAAGAAGCAUUACCAAUAGGAAUGGAUCGAUAGUUGAAUAAGGAUUUUUUUAUACAUAGAUAUAUAAAAUUCAGCCCGGAAAACUUAAAUUACCUUUUUUAAAAAGAAAAGUCUCACCGUUGGUUUUUUUCCACGACUGAUCUUAGACCAAGUCAAAUUCCCAUUUAUCAUUUAGUUAUUUUUAAAGGUUAGAGAAAUAAUUUGUAAAUAUUUAUUUAGUCCUUUGAUAUUUAUUAAAGCGAUUACACACCACGCAAGUGAAAGAGUCCGGAGGAAAACCUUUUAAAAAGUUUUCUCCAGGUUUGUCAGGGUCACUCUAAAGAUGGAAAAGGAACGAAUCUUCUGUGACAUAACCCUCCGUCCCGGCCUGACGCUGUCCGGGCACCGACGCGAGUCCGUCGACAGGCUGCUGUCCAGCGGCGUCUCGUCCCCCGUCGCUGUGCGGCCGUCCGCGUCGCCGGGGGCCGCGGUCCGACUGACACCUUGUAACCGAGAACGCUUACCUUCUCUGUUUUUCAAGUUUGAAAACUUCGAUCCACCCCUAUGAGAGCAAGUUAUUGUGGAAAUAUUUUUGGUGUAAAAUCAUUCCAGAGUAUGUACUAUUUAACUGAUAGCUGCAUGAAAGUAAGAUUCGUGUUCCUUUGGCUUUUUUUGUCUCCGUUGACACGGUUGCACAUUUCCAAGUUACUACAGUGUGAAAACUGUGUGUUAAAAAAAAAAAAAAAAACAAAAUUAAAAAAAAGAUUGUGGCCUGGUUUUGUAAAAGUUUUAGGUAAAAUUACAA